AUGGUGUGCCAGGGUCCCCUCGUUGGCGCUUCAGCGAAUUACCAUUGUCUGGAGAGACUCAUUUCAACGCUUCAAGGUUCGGUAUAUCGCAAUGUUUCAGGCUACGAUGCAAAGUAUUUUCCGGCUCAGAGCAUCUCUGCUUCAGAGGCGCAACCACAGAACUCCAUCCCUCUACAGUCACCGUCGGAGCUAUUGAAAUGGCUGGACGACUUGCCAUGUCGACGACUCGGAGCCACUCACAACAGCUUCGUUCUUCAUAGCAUUAAACGAAAGCCUAGAGAUAUUUCUGGAACAGAUAUAUGUCUUGUCAGAACUUCUGCCUCGAAACCCCAGGUGCUUUGUCCUGAUGCUGCCGUUCUCGUGCUAGGUCUGUUCCAGACGGGUACUGAAUUUUCGCCGGGUGAUGAAGCGGUCUUGGGGUUCUGCGACCUCGCUAUGAGUGUCUUUGCGGCUCGCCCCGAUCGUCGAUUCCUGCAUGCAUUUCGUAUCUACAAUUCUACAAUGGAGACGUGGACGUUUGACAGGGCCGGAGCUUACAGCGGCGAAUCAUUUAACAUUGUGGAAGAACCCAAUCGGUUCAGAAAUAUCGUUGCUGGGUACAUGUCCAUGGAUGAUGAUCGACUGGGCUUGAACUCGUUUUUACAGCAAGACGAUCAAGGGGCAUUCCUUGAGCUCAAGGAACAGAAUCAGCCUUCGGUCAGAAGACUGUAUCUCGACGAGGACGCAUUUGUGAGGCAGGACUACCUUGUGGGACCUGGUACGACCUGCUUCAAAGCACGCAUCCCGGCCUUGCGAGACCAAGAGAUGGUGGUCAAAUUUGCCUGGAACCGGAACGAGGGCUCUGCUGAACGGAGGCUCCUACAAUUCGCGAACGAGAAGAAUGUUUGGGGUAUUCUCAAACUUGAAGGCUACCAGGACCUGGGCGAUAUUGCAUGUCUUCGACAAGGACUGCAGUUCGGCCAGCCAUACGAGUUCUCGCUUCCUCAUCUGGAGACUAACGAGUCGGAUAAUUUUCAAAAUUUACCAGAAUCAACGCCGAAAUCACCGCUGCUGAGACAAGUCUCUAGCGGCAUCGUCGAACACGAGAAAGAAUCCCAGUUCGACAAUCUCAAAUUUGAGUGUAUCGUCACUUCUCCACUUGGGCGACCGCUAAGUACUUUCUCCUCACCAUCAGAGCUCAUGACGGUUCUCCGCGAUAUUACCAAAGCACUUCGUUCUCUAUACGUCAAAGCGAAUAUUCUUCACCGUGACGUCAGCCCGCAAAAUAUCAUUAUUGCUCCCAACAAUAAUCAAGACCCCGGUGCCCCCAUCGGAAUGCUCAUCGACCUAGAUCUAGCGCUCGAUCUCUCAAAUCUACCGAGUGAACGACGGCUCGUAGGCUCAGAGGGAUUCAUGGCUAUUGGUAUACUCGGUGGUGAUGACCACACAUACCGUCAUGACCUCGAGUCUGUGUUCUAUGUCUUCUUGUGGAUGGCCAUCUGCCGUAAUGGAGUUACCCCCGACAACAUCCCGAAUACAAGUCGUCUUCACCUGUGGUGCGGCACAGACUUUUUGGCGUCCUUUCAUAGCAAGAGGAAGGACAUGCAGCUAACGGAGUUCUCGAAACUAGCAGAGGAGGAGUUUACAGAACGUUUCAAACCAUACUUGCCUUUGGCAAUGACUAUUCAUCAGUUGCUGUUUCCUGUCAGGAACGGGAAGAUCUUUAUAGGCACUGAUCAUGAACCGGGUUCUAUAGAGCAACUCUCGAUAAUAUCUCUCAUUCUUAAUACCCUUAACCGCUACCGUGUAAGCGAGUCCAAGAUUGCCAGUGAUGAGUUCCCCCUUCCCAAGUCUAGGGAUGCUACAAGCUUUCUGGGACCUUUGUAUGAGUAA